UGGGGGAAGAAAUCGGAUCGGACGGCUUAGGAUGGCAGCAGCCCGUGCAGGCUUAUCUGCUCUGACUUGACUCUGCCAUUGCUCGCUCGUUAGUUCUCGAGCAGGAGCGAGCGAGAGAGUUUAAAUAAAGAGAAAAAGGAAGAGUUUUUUUCAGAGAUUAGAAGAAGCGGGGCCAACCCGCCAUUAAUGCUACUCUCCCAACCCACCCCCCCCUCUCUCUCUCUCUCUCUCUCUCUCUCUCGCUCUCGUUCGAGCUGCUGCAUUAAUCAAAACGAGCUGUAAGGUGUAAGCUAACUAGCUUGUCCUGCUGCAAAGGUGGUCUUCUUCUUCUUCUUCUUCUUCUUCUCUCUCUCUGAGGUCUUGUUGAGCUGCAAAAGCUUCAUACGGAACAAGAAAGCCACACUCUUUUCUUCCUCCCGCGGCUGCUUCUGUACUGGGUCUGCAGAGAGUGGGUGGGCAAUCAGUUAAAGAGUUCUGGUGAAAGGGCGGGAGGGGAAGUGAUUCUCAAAAUUGGGUUUCGAUGGGGAUUUGCUUGAGCGCUCGAAUCAAGGCUGAGAGCCCAUGUCACACAGGCACAAAUACGAAAAGCAUUGGCACCAGCGAGAAUGAUCUGAGCAGUAAUGGGAGCAAGGCCUCAUCAGUUUUGGCGCCUCUGACUCCGAGGAGUGAGGGUGAGAUUUUGCAGUCGUCAAAUGUGAAGAGAUUUAGCUAUGCCGACCUCAGAAUGGCUACUCGGAACUUCCGCCCCGAUAGUGUUCUGGGGGAAGGUGGUUUUGGCUCAGUUUUCAAAGGUUGGAUUGAUGAGAAUUCUUUUGCUGCGGCAAAAGCUGGAACUGGUAUGGUCAUUGCAGUGAAGAGGCUCAACCAAGAAAGUUUUCAAGGUCAUAGAGAGUGGUUGGCAGAAGUUAAUUAUUUGGGGCAGCUUUAUCAUCCUCAUCUGGUGAGGUUGAUUGGGUACUGCUUGGAGGACGAGCAUCGACUUCUGGUGUAUGAAUUUAUGCCUCGCGGUAGCUUGGAAAACCAUUUAUUUAGGAGAGGAUCAUAUUUCCAACCUUUGUCUUGGAACCUUCGGUUAAAGGUAGCGCAUGGUGCUGCAAAGGGGCUGGCCUUUCUUCACAGCGCUCAGGCCAAAGUGAUAUACCGGGAUUUCAAGACUUCCAAUAUCCUUCUCGAUUCGAAUUACAAUGCAAAACUUUCUGAUUUUGGUUUGGCCAAGGAUGGUCCAACCGGUGAUAAAAGUCAUGUCUCGACCAGAGUCAUGGGGACUCAUGGAUAUGCCGCCCCUGAAUAUCUUGCCACAGGUCAUCUAACUUCCAAGAGCGACGUGUAUAGCUUCGGGGUGGUCCUGCUAGAGAUGUUGUCUGGCAGGAGAGCGGUCGACAAGAACCGUCCAUCUGGGGAGCACAACCUUGUGGAAUGGGCCAAGCCCUACUUGUCCAACAAACGCAAAGUCUUCCGAGUGCUGGACAAUCGCCUUCAGGGCCAGUACAGCAUGGAAGAGGCCCACAAGACGGCAACUGUAGCUCUGCGAUGCCUAUCCAUGGAUGCCAAGUUCAGGCCUAGCAUGGACGAGGUGGUCACAGAGCUGGAACAGCUUCAGGAGUCCAAGGUAAGCGAAAAUGCUGGUAACGGCAGACCAUGCGGCGGGCAGAGAAUUCGCAGACGAAGUGCCGAUGAUGCGAGCACUCGAACAAGAGCUGUUGCGUACCCGAGGCCUUCCGCUUCCCCUCUUUACGCAUAGAAGGACAGAGGGGGCGCAAGUGUCUUCUCUUGUGACCUUCAGGGCACCUAUCUGACGCCAUUCUGUUUCUGUACAGUUCUUGGGCUAAUGUAUUUGUUGAAUCUUUUUGGAGCCAUUUUAAGCUAAUAUAGGGUAACACGAAGCAGCUGCUAAUGUUGUAUCUCUGAAAGAUCACAUCUCAGUCUUAGCGCUCAGUUUGGCUGUCGGUAGAAAAAGCGAAAUGCUGUUAUAUAAAAGCUUGUUUUGAUAUGGUUUGAGAUGUAUUCUGUUCGAUCAAUCUCUUCGGGAUGGGUUCGUAUUGGUCUUGUAACUUGUUGUCUUUUUCCA